AUGAAGAUAUUUAUGGUUGUCGUUGAAGAUAAAAAAUUGAGGCUUGAAGCCUGAAGGCUCACCAAUAUAUGCCGAUAGAGUGCCUAGAAAAUACUCACAGUGCUUCUUAUCUCAGCUUUAGGCUUUAGCAGCAGCAUCUUUACUUCCUUCAAGCUUAGUAAGGGAUUUAACUGAACAUGGGGCAUAAGUAUUUUUCUGUGGCUUUCUUUUUAUGGGCUUUAACAUGCUCACUUCUUCCUGCUUCUUCUGAUGGCCUUGUGAGGAUUGGUUUGAAGAAGCGCCGCCUGGACCUUCACAGUAUCAAUGCUGCCAGAAUGGUAAGAGCAGAGGGUGUAAUUGACAUGCGUCGUUCGAAUGAAGAUAUAGUACCUCUGAAGAACUAUUUGGAUGCUCAAUAUUUCGGAGAGAUUGGAAUUGGCACGCCCCCUCAGACAUUCACAGUCAUAUUUGAUACUGGCAGUUCCAAUCUGUGGGUUCCAUCAUCAAAAUGCUAUUUUUCUAUUGCUUGCUAUUUCCAUAUUAGGUACAAGUCAAGAACAUCCUGCGAAAUAAAUUAUGGGUCUGGAUCGAUUUCGGGUUUCUUCAGUGAAGACAAUGUUGAAGUUGGGGAUCUUGUUGUCAAGGAUCAAGCUUUCAUUGAGGCUACAAGAGAGGGCAGUUUCACAUUUGUGUUAGCGAGGUUUGAUGGAAUACUAGGGCUUGGAUUCCAGGAGAUUUCGGUUGGGAAUGCUGUGCCAGUGUGGUACAAUAUGGUGCAGCAAGGGCUUGUAAAGGAGGAGGUUUUCUCAUUCUGGCUUAACCGUGAUCCGGAUGCAAAAGAGGGAGGUGAAAUUGUCUUUGGCGGUGUUGAUCAUAAGCACUUCAAAGGAACUCAUACUUAUAUUCCAGUCACUAAAAAGGGCUACUGGCAGUUUGAAAUGGGAGAUUUUCUAGUUGGGAACCAUUCAACAGGCAUUUGCAAGGGGGGAUGUGCUGCUAUUGUGGAUUCAGGAACGUCCUUACUUGCUGGUCCAACUUCUAUUGUGACUGAAAUCAACCACGCUAUUGGAGCUGAAGGAAUUGUGAGCGCCGAAUGUAAGGAAGUUGUAACUCAUUAUGGAGACUUAAUUUGGGAUCUCUUGAUAUCUGAGGUACGACCCGGCAAAAUAUGUUCACAGCUCGGUUUGUGUCUUUCUAAUGGGGUAGAGCGUGUCAGCUCUGGAAUUGAAACAGUGGUUGAAAAGGAAAACAGGAAGGUAUCAUCGCCUGGGAAUGAUCUGUCGUGCGCGUUUUGUGAGAUGGCUGUUAUUUGGAUCCAGAAUCAACUAAGGGAAAAGGGAACAAAGGACCAAGUACUUAAAUAUGUGAAUGAGCUCUGUGAGAGCCUGCCAAGUCCAUCGGGUGAAUCAGUAAUAGAAUGUGAUAGCAUUUCAAACAUGCCAGACAUUGCAUUCACCAUUGGGAACAAAUCUUUUGUCCUCACUCCAGAACAGUACAUUCUGAGAACUGGAGACGGCAUUGCUACUGUUUGCAUCAGUGGAUUUAUGGCUAUAGAUAUCGCUCCUCCACUGGGUCCUCUGUGGAUUCUUGGAGAUGUAUUUAUGGGGGUUUACCACACAGUGUUUGACUUUGGUAAUCUUCAGCUGGGUUUUGCUGAGGCUGCUUAGAGUUUGCAUCUGUCGUGUUCUGGCGGCGGUGAUCAUACUUCCAAGAAAUCUACAUGUAUCCUAGUUUGUGGUUAAAUAAUGUAAUUUAUGCAACUCCAUAACGGUUAACAGAUAAUGAUUAUGAAUAUGUUGAGGUGCCUAUGUAUAUAUAUUUGCAAUGUAAUACAAGUUAUCCUGUACUAUAUACAUGCUGAACAAUUUUCCUUGGAUAUAUUGAGGGAUUCAUAUAUCUAGCAAAAGUUUGGCCUUCACGUCUCAA